AUGGAUGAUUUGGACAGUGCCCUAUUCGGAAGACCAACCGGAGUGAAGGCGAAACCGUCACUGGGAAACCUCGACUCUCUUUUCGAAGAUACUAGAAAGACGGCACCGAAAAAGGCGACGGCAGUAUCGUUUUUAGACGGAGGCUCCUCUUCCACGACAGCGCCACAUGCCCCAGGAAAAAGUGCACUGGACGACCUAUUUGCGGAAACAUCGACGACCGAUUCUGGGGCAAUUGGAACUUCAACGCCGGCACAGACUGUAGCUCGUCCUGCACGUCAACAACCAAGGAGCACUGGAACACUAGGAGCUCUGCUCGGUCCCUCUCGAAGAGAAAAGGAAGCCACACCAGCACCACCAGCGGCAGCACCGACUGCAGCUCCAACGCCCGCUGCUCCUCCAGUGCGGCCUCCAGAAGACGUACUGAGAGAGAAAAGGCUGGAAAACGAAAUAGAACGGCUCCAUCGAGAAAUUAAUGAGCUGAAGAGGCAGAAGAAGGAAGACGAAGCGGAUCUUGAGAAUUUAUGGAAGGAAAAGCUAUCGAAAAAGGAUCGUGAUUGUUCUGAUGAAUUGAAAAGUUUAGAAGACUACUAUCAAAAGCAAAUAUCCAAACUGAACGGGGAACAUGAAAAGGAGUUAGAAAAUUUGAAAACCACCUACGCUCGACAAAUAGAAGUCAUACAGCAAUCUACUGGAGAGUGGAGAGAUGUGACUACCGUGGUUAACAAGGUUGACACCUUAUCUUCCACCCUGCAUCAAUUGGCUGACAGUGUCACCACGAUCUCAGAUCGGUCACUACUUGAAAAAGAAACAAAUCUACGGAUACGAGAAGAGCAGCUAAAGGAUCGUGAGCAGAGGCUUCUCGAAGAAAAGAAUCAGUUCGAGGACGAGCGCAAGAAGGUUUACGAGCUGAACGCGAAGUUAAAUGAACUCUGCAGAGCCCAAGAAUCAAUCAUAGGACAGGGAACUCCUGAUCAUAAGAAGGGACGAGAUUAG